GGAGGGAGAGAGAGAGAAGGAAAGAAUGAGAGGACGGGGUAAUCAGAUUCGGAAGCCCUGGUUUCGCUCAGGUCGGCCUCUUGGUUCUGCGGACGGUGAGAGCGCCCAGGUUGUCAGAGCCUCCGCCAACUUGUGCUGCGACCGCAGGCGCAGGGCCGGGCCGGCAGUGGGGCGCUUGUGCGGCGCCCUGCUGUCACCGUGAGGGGGACCUUCUAGCCCCACUUACAUUACACUGUAUAGACCUGCCUCUAGCUCAUGGAAGUCAGGCUUUAUAAAGUCGUUCGUACAGAGCUUUCCUUUCUUAUUUCUGGGGUGAGAGCGUUUUGCUUAUACUGUAAAAUAAUUAGAUCGUGCCUGAACUCGCUUUCUGCAAGAUGAAGAAUUACCCCGGUUUGAAAAGUUAGUAGGACUUCGCUGACUGCGAUUUUGGCUAUCGGGUUUCUAAACUCCCUGGUAAUGAGGCAUCAGGUUACUAGCGACUGGAUUUGCAAUGUAUGUUUAAAAAAAAAAAAAUCGCCAAGGGUCCUCCGUGGUUCUUAAGGAAUUGUAGGGAAAAGAAGAUGGUUUUCUUCCCUUUUAAUUCGGAGGCACAGAGUAUGGCGUGUAGAAAGCGGACAGGCACAGCUUUCCAAAGCAGUGCCCCCAUCGUCGCUCUGGGCUGCAGCCAGCCCAGAGCGAGUUCAAGGCAAGCUUGCCUGCCGCUCACCCUGCUUCCGACUGCAUCUCAGCUCCCAGGUACCUUGUUUUAAACUUGGAGACACAAACUGCUGUUGAACGAAUACUUGCUUGAGAGCCAAAUCAACUUCUGUUAAGGGAGAAAAACGUAUGGAGGUUGAAAAUAUUUAAUCUGGACAAUAUUUAAAGUUUCAUAGAAAUUGAAAUGGUUGCAAGGAUUUGUUCACUUGGUUCUGAGUUGAGAGACAGGAAACUGCAGGAGAUGGUAGGAGCCUUGUGAAUUUGUUUCUUUGUUUGAAGAUGUUUGGUGAGGCUCCUUGGACCCAUCUUUUAUGUGGAAUUUUAAAAGUACCAGUUUUUUUUUUAUAUUAAAUGUCAGAAUUAUUUUAGUGGCAAAUGAGGUUAUUUGAUAUGUGGCAAAAAAUUUAAACAGUGCCAAAUAUCCGUGACAGGAUUACCUGCUUCCAUCAUAGAAUAUGCAGAACAUGUUAAAAAAAAUAACUUGUAUGAACAGAUGUGGAUAAUGAUGGCAUAUUUUAAAAUCCUGUACACUCCUGGUUUUAUGGAAUGCAUCCGAUUUCAAAACUUUCCAGGAACAUACGUGUUUAUACCUUUUUUUACGUGGCAAAAAAAAAAAAAAAAAAAAAAAAGUGCUUCCCGGUCUUGGAGUCCCCCAGAGCGGAGGCCAGAGCAGAUGCUUGAGUUAAAGGGUCAUGCUUCUUCCCCUUUUGUUUCAUGGUGAUAGUUGAAGGCAGGAGCUCUAAAAACUCCAGCAUGCUUGCUUGUUGGUGUAAUUCACCAGCGUUUUAAUUGAAAGGAUACAUCCUUACACAUCCUCCUGGGAAAUCAGAAACAUGGUAGCAAGAGGAGCUCAUCUGCUGGAUCUCACCGGGUGAGCUUGUGGGUCCCUAAAUAAAAGUGGGUUUUGUCCUAUUCUUGUGGGUCCCUAAAAUAAAAAGCAUGCUUGCGUAUUCUUUUGAGAACUUGGUCCAUGGUCUCUUGAGAGAGGAUACACUGAGGCUGUCCUUGGCACCAUUUUCUUUGUUGAAAAAUUAAGAUCCUAGUGAAUUUCCUGGCCAGGACGUCUGAAGCCCCAUGGUGCUGGGGUCCACCGAGCCUUCAUCACUUGGCUAGGGACUUAAGAGUUUGAGGAUGGAUGAUGGUUCUUUUUUGUUGUUGUUUUUGUUUUUUGUUUUUUCCUCCCUUCAUUUGGAUUGGUGUAUUUCAUGUUUGGGUCCAAUGGCAGCAUAUUGUCAACAUAAAUGUCAAACUUUGCAAAUUUGCCACAACACUGUCCUACAGAGUGCCCUGUGACGAAACGCCCCCGCCUCCCACGUGUACAGGUGUUCUGUGUAUACCUCAAGAGUAUGUGUGCAUUGACAGAUAUAGGAAAUAAAGGAAUUCAUUGAGUCUGUGCACACACACACACACACACACACACAAUCACAUAGCAUGCACAGGGCACAGAGAGAGAGGUGUGGGGGGCAGGGCAAGAAAGAGUCUUCACAUCUCACAAACCUAACCUGAGUAAUAAAGUAUCGCCAUUUAGGUUCUGUGUGUUUGGUUGGUUUUUACCUUUCACUAAAGCAGGAUGGGUUUUCCUUUUUAUACUGUUGAGUGUAGAUGUAAAUGAUAUGAGUACUUUGGGUGUUUGUCUAACACUGUUAACCCAGAAUCUGUCAAAGAUAGCACCAUUUCGUGGCAUGUGUGUGUUUGUGUGUGUGUGUGUGUGUGUGUGUGUUCCUGCUCCUCUAAUCUUUGUAAUUCUGAAACAAUUUCACUAUGAGAUAAGUAUUGGUUUUUGUUGACUUAUCCUGAUGGAGACCCAUUCAAGGAGCCAGCUCACAGAGAGCACACAGAGCCCCUUUUAUGUUCUAUGGCAAGCUUUGGAACUUGUCAGCCUGACUGGCCUUUUUGGGGACUGUGACUCCUGCUUUCGGCCACGAGAUGCUGUACCUCACGGCCUGGCUGUCAAGGUUUCUCCCUGCCCUGCGUCGGUAGGUUAUUCUUUUGAGAACCCUCAGGUGUGGGUGCGUGCGCAAUCAUUCUGGGUCCUCAAAACACAAUAUGUAAAAGCAACAAGUGACCCAUCCUCUCAGGCUUUCAGAAGAACCUUGAUCUUGUUUACACCUUGAGAUGGGUCAUUGUUUGGCUUACACCAGGCACAGGUGCAUGUGUGAUCUAGACGUUAGAGAGUUUGUGUUGCAGAGUAUGGGUAUGGAACACAUACACAUGCGCGCAUUUAAAGUUCAGAUGGGGAGGGAGAUAGGAAUGGGGCCAGCGUGCGCCAGACCAGACUCCAGCAGCUUCUUCUUGGAGACCCAAGGUGUUACUGCGUUCUUGGCAGUUUAAGAACCGACUUCACAGCCGGGGGUCUCUCUCUGCCGUUCCUGGGAUACGCACUCCCAUCCUUCCCCCUUCUGCGCCGUUCCGAGGAUGGCUUUUGUUUGAUGUCGUUUUUAAACGCGCGAUGCUCCUCUGACAACUCUCUCUCAGACAUGACAAAACGUGCAGCGUGAAACACAGCCAACAAAAGACACAGUGCACACGCUCCUGAGUGGGGGUGGGGCAGGGCCCCACUCCCCGCUUCUGUGUGUGUGUGUGUGUGCGUCGCUGGGGGUCACUCCUGAGAGGGGCCCACAGGGCGCCCGUGGUGGCCGCGCCCCUAAAGGCCACGUCCUCCUCACUUCCAUUGGCUUUGUGUCCUUCUCAGAGUAGACUGUGAGCCACAGGCGGGACCCACAGGUGUCUUCAGGGACCCGCCUGGCGACAAACUGUUAAAAGUGGUGAAAACCCAGAGUCGCAGGUGGGAGGUCCGCUGUCUUUCCCCGGUUCAGGCCUGGCCCUGUUUCCCUUCUCCCGUGGCCACGACCACGGCCACGGCCACGUCGGUUGGCCUUUGGGGAACUCACAAUUCCUGCUGACUAAAAGAGCUCCGGCCCCACCACAGGCCUGUCGAAUGAGACAUCCUAAUAAUCUCGGAACCAGUUUCGGUCGGCACAGGAAGCCCAGGCUCCCUUCCUGCCCCUGUUUUCCUGAGAGAAAACUAUCUUCCCUCCUUUUUUGCAUAUUUGGCGAAUGGUUCCACCUUUCUCUCCGCCCCAGGGGAGUGUGAAGGCGGUGGCAGAGGACAGGGCCUACCGGCCUGCCACCCAGGGCAGCAGGGUCCUUCCCAAGUGGCUGAGUGGAGGGGACUCCACGUGCGUGACCCCCACGUCCGAAGACCCCCGUCCUCCAAAAGCGGCAUUGGUGUGGGAAGGCAGCACCCCCGCGGUCGCUGGGAGGCACGGGUUGACGGAUAACCCGAGGACAAUGGACGCUGAUGAGGGUCAAGACAUGUCCCGAGUUUCAGGGAAGGAAAGCCCUCCAGUGAGUGACACCCCUGAUGAUGGGGACGAGCCCAUGCCGGUCCCUGAAGACCUCUCCACCACGUCCGGCGGACAGCAGAGCUCCAAGAGUGAGAGAGGAGUGGGGGAACGGCCUUUCCAGUGCAACCAGUGCGGGGCCUCGUUCACGCAGAAGGGCAACCUGCUUCGACACAUCAAGCUGCACUCCGGGGAGAAGCCCUUCAAGUGCCACCUCUGCAACUACGCGUGCCGCCGGCGGGACGCCCUCACGGGCCACCUGAGGACGCACUCCGUCAUUAAAGAAGAAGCUAAUCACAGUGAGAUGGCAGAAGAUCUGUGCAAGAUAGGAUCAGAGAGAUCCCUCGUGCUGGACAGACUAGCAAGUAACGUCGCCAAACGGGACAAGUGCCUGUCGGACAUGCCCUAUGACAGCAGCGCCAGCUACGAGAAAGAGAACGAGAUGAUGCAGACCCACGUGAUGGACCAAGCCAUCAACAACGCCAUCAGCUACCUGGGGGCAGAGUCCCUGCGCCCGCUGGUGCAGACGCCCCCGGGCAGCUCCGAGGUGGUGCCGGUCAUCAACCCCAUUUACCAGCUCCACAAGCCCCACGCAGAGGGCCCCCCGAGGUCUAACCACUCGGCCCAGGACAGCGCCGUGGAGAACCUGCUGCUGCUCUCCAAGGCCAAGUCGGUGUCCUCCGAGCGGGAGGCGUCCCCGAGCAACAGCUGCCAAGACUCGACGGACACGGAGAGCAAUAACGAGGAGCAGCGGGGCCUCAUCUACCUGACCAACCACAUCAACCCGCACGCCCGCAACGGCCUGUCCAUCAAGGAGGAGCACCCAGCCUACGACGUGCUGCGGGCGGCCUCCGAGAGCUCCCAGGACGCCUUCCGCGUGAUCGGCACGAGCGGGGAGCCCAUGAAGGUGUACAAGUGCGAACCCUGCCGGGUGCUCUUCCUGGACCACGUCAUGUACACCAUCCACAUGGGCUGCCACGGCUUCCGCGACCCUUUUGAGUGCAACAUGUGCGGCUACCACAGCCAGGACCGGUACGAGUUCUCGUCCCACAUCACGCGGGGCGAGCACCGCUUCCACAUGAGCUAAGCCAGGCCGAGAGAGGCACGUGGGGCCCAGGCCCUCCCCUCCUGCCAGCAGCCGGGACUGGACCAGAACCUUGUGCUUUGAUUUCUAGGUGGUUUUUCGUUUUGUUUUGUAUUUUUUUUUUUUUUAAGUCGGUUGGUUGGCUGGGGUUUGAUUUGCCGAGAUUUUUACUGUUAGAGACAAGGUUACAUGUGGACACCCCACCCCCACCCCCCAAAUUGCUAUGUUACUAGAUGUGCUCAUAGACUGUUAGCCGAAAUCCCCUUCCCCGCUUCCUAGAAUUCCCCUCCUCCAAAGAGUUGCUCAUUUUUAGAGAAUGUUUGGUAAAAAUAGGUCAGGGCAUGGGAAGGAAUGAGCUGUGCUGAGCGUCCCUGCACCCCAUGUGGCUGCCGAGGCCCCAGAUGCAGUGAGCACAGCCCUUGGUCCUCAGCCUGGCAGGUGAUUCUGCCCCCCACAACACAGCAGGGCCAAGAAACCCAAGCUGGAGCGUCUGAUCACGUGCAUCUAGGUCUGGAAGCCUGCAGUUUGUAAAAGAUGUGAUUGUAAGUCACAGCCUGAACAAAAAGUACACUGUUGGAGCAACGCUGGACUCCCCGGGCAAAGGGCACAAGGAGGGGUCAGAGGACCUGGUGGUCUCCGUCUCAGUUUCCAAACUGCUGUAGCAUUGCUCAGCCUUCUCCGGCUUCCAGCAGGUGGAAGGCGCCCCCAACUCCACACUCCCGGAGGUCCAUCUGGAGACCUCGGCCCUCUGCCUCCUCACACCUGUGCCUCUCAUACCCAGAGUCCGACACUGCACUUUCAACAUCCAUCAUGAAGUGCUGACCUUAAUUCCUUUGAACCUCUCAAAUGGUAACAUUCCUCAGAAACCAAGGCUUUAUCCAAAUUCCACACUCUUCACUCCCUGGCUGGUUCCAUUGACAGCCAGAAGUCUGUUUCCCCUCCGAGGCCCAACCUAGACCCCAUUUCAAUGAUGUCACUGGUUUGUUUGUUGGUACAUUUCUUUCCCUGUCCUCACGCUACAUUAUUCUUGUCCUAAAAUCCAUAAAAGGAGCAUGCAGUAUGAUCAGUCAUUUUCAGAGCAAGGAACUGUGAUGAGCAAAGCCCAGGAGAUGUGGCUAACAGGCAGAACCUACUUGUUAGAAACUAAACUUUGCAACAGUCUAAAACUCUCCUGUAAAGACAGAACAGCCUCUAUGUGCCCACCCAAAAAUAGGAAUGCCCUUUCUCACCCGGGGCUUAGAAGGUGCAGAGCAACCAUGAAACCCGUCAGCGAGGUCUGACGGGAAAGAGGCAGGUGGUUCUGGAGUUAGAACCUUCCUGAGCCGUGUUGCCUGGAGCCCCGCUGAGGUGUUUGGCCAUUCUUGUCCCCACUGGAAGGGGUAGCCCUCAAGGUUAAUCCUAUCAUUAAAGAUUAUAAUCCCAACCACCUAGGCAAGUAAAAACUGUACAGUUUCCAAUGUUUACAUGUCUUUGCCAAAACGGAACCAAGGUGAACAUGAAAAAAAAAAAAAAAGAAGAAGAAGAAAAAGAAAAAUUGUCUAUAAGCACCCCUGCAUGUAAUCUAAAUCUGGGUUUCUUAGUCACAGUGCCCUUGACAUUUGGGGCUGGAUCAUUGUUUGGGAUGGGGGAGCCCCCUGUGCCUUGCACAAUAUUUAGCAUCAAUCCAGGUCACUACCCAACAGAUACCAGUAGCAACCAAAAAUCUCUCCAGAUGUUGACGAAUGUCUCCUGGGGAAGCAAGUUGAGAACCGAGUUGAGAACCCCUGCUCCACUUAAACCAGUCGAGGGUCUGGGAACCCUUCCCAAGAGCAAGGGUACUGGAAGAAUUGUCCCCUCUGGGGGUCUAGCUCCUGACCUGUGUUCCUUUGUACUCACUGAAAAUCCUAUAAAUGAAAUAGUCUCUCUCAUUCUUCAGAAGCAAAUCUUCUUGUGUGCGUUUGAGUUCUGUUGAAAGGAUGGAGCCCACACAUGUCAUUCUUGAGGUGUGGGUGUCUUUGCUUAUGAAACGGUGUGGUGUUUUGAAAUGGGAAACAGAGUCACAGGGAUUGAGACUCGGGUGCCUGGAUGCGCUGAGGCAGGUAGCGACAGGGCUACUGACGGCUGUGAUUCCACACUCUGUCACAGAGAAAGCUAUAUUUCAUCCAAACGAACAUGGUCAAGGUGAGAGACUUCAGAGAUUUCCGGUUUGCUGGCAGUGAACCUGCCUAGUUCUUUUCCACCCAUCCCACACAGCCAGUUGGUGGAAAGGAGUUAAGUUUUCCCCACCACGUGGCUUCAGACAAAGCUGAACCCCAAACUGUAAAUAGUGGCCACAGAUGUUCUUUCCUAAAAUGUUCCCCAUCCUCUCCCCCCACCACUGCCUUUUCCAGCUAAUGUAACCGUCUAUUUACACACUUUUUCUUGUGGUUUUAUAUUGUAACACCAUUUUUCUUUGAGAUUAUUGUGUUUAAGGUAAGGUCCCAUAGAAUGGCAACAAGUAAUUAAAUUAUGUUACAAAGAUGGUCCUAUUCUGUAACGAAAGCUGUUGACGUUUUCUCUUCUAGCUGGUUAAAGUAGGGUUUUGCAUGACUUCACCUCUUUAUGUGCUGUGGUCUGUUCUGUUGUUGGAUAGUGUGAGUGUGUGUCUUGGGAACUGCUGUGUCCUGAAGGGUGCCUAGGCGUUAUACACCUAUCUUUAAAAUAAACACUGGAGACAGGAGGGUCACUAGUUUGGGGUCAAUGUGUCGAUUACAGUAAGAAAUCACUGCCCUUCGCCUCCGGUCCCCAUCACUGAGCUUCCCCCAACAGAAAGCCUGGACGCCUGUUCCUCAACAAGGUCCCUUCUGUGACAAGGACCUCAGAGCACAGGCUGUCCUAUUGGAAGGAUCACUAAAAAGAUUUGAGGUGCCAUUGUUUUGCCACCAAAGGUCAUAUCCCCACACCAGUCACUUCAGAGACCGGCAUGUUCCACUUCCAAUUGAGAAGCGUUCACAAAAAGAAAUCCUAGAAUCUUCAUUGACAAAGGAAGCUACUGUUAAUGGAGAUGUGAGUUUGGGGUUUUUUUUUUGGGGGGGGGGGGUUCUUGAUUUGUUUUGAUUACCAUGUAGCUCUCAUAGUGUGGUAUUUUUGCCAAAGCAGAAGCGGAAUCAGAUGGACUUGCAGAGACAAAUCACGAAGCAGAUGUAUUUCUCUUUACCUGCACUUUUUGAGUUUCAGCAAUAAGGUUGGUUCAACUUACAAUCCAGUCAACUUUCAUUCAGCUCAGUGUGUGUGUGUGUGUGUGUGUGUGUGUGUGUGUGUUUAACUUUAAAAUGAACCACAGUCAGAUCUAUUUAAGAUGGACAGGUCUCAGAAGAAAGAAGUACAUCCACACAUGGGUAUGGUCGCCUUCACUGUGAACAGAUGUAACCAGGUAUUAAUAUGCAAUAUUGUUUCAAAUACUUUCUAAUACACUUUUUUACAAUGUUGUCUGUGGGGGAUCCUCAAGGUCCAAUUUGCUUGCAUCCCGGUGCAGCUUUAAGUCUCCGAACGCCAUUCUGGAAAAUAUGUGUACAGGAUUGUAAAUGAGAAAAUGCUCUUGUAUUUCCCAUCCGCCUUCUCUGGUGAUGUUAAAUUAUUUCUGUUUAGCUGUGAACAAGGGGUAGCAUACCCCCUGGAGGAAUAGAGGAUCCUUUUGUACACAUUUUGAAAAUGCUUCUUCUGUAGUGAUAGAACAAAUAAAUGCAACAAAUACUU